AUGUUGGGUUCUGGAAUUUCACCUGACAAGUACACUUUUCCAAGUGUAAUUAAAGCUUGUGGUGGUGUGAAUAAUGUAAGAUUGGGUAAAGCAAUCUAUGAUACCAUCCAGUUUAUGGGUUUUGGAGUGGAUAUAUUUGUGGGUAGUUCUUUGAUUCAAUUGUAUGUGGGCAAUGGUUGUAUCCAUGAUGCAUGGUGCUUGUUUGUUGAAAUGCCUCACAAAGAUUGUGUUUUAUGGAAUGUCAUGCUUCAUGGUUAUGUUAAGAAUGGAGAAUCGAAGAAUGCUGUUGGAAUGUUCUUGGAAAUGAGAAAUAGUGAAAUUAAGCCCAAUGCAGUGACAUUCGCUUGCAUUUUGUCUGUUUGUGCCUCAGAAGCUAUGAUUGGUUUUGGUACUCAGCUUCAUGAGCACAUUCCACGUUGUUCGGAUGAGAUAGACUACCAAAUGCUAUUACCUGGCAAGCUUCCUUAUCUGGAUGCGAUUCCGGGGGGUGAAAGCAUUCUUGCUUAUGCUUAUGAGGGAACCGCUUUCGCUUUCGAAUCUUUGGAAUCGCUAUCUUUCCUAAAGACUCAGAGCGGGCUUGGAGUCGAAAUUAAGGUUCAUAAAAAGAAUACAGCUUACCCGCGCGGUACUACUGGGGUUCUCCCUUCGUCCACGAGCAACGGGCUCGUUCUCAAUGGGAUGAAUAAUAAUGCAUUGGAAAUUUUUAGAUGGUUACUUAAAGAGAAAAUGCGACCGAAUUCUCUAACCUUGGCAAGUGUUUUACCAGCUUGUGCUGGUUUGGUUGCUCUGAAAUUGGGAAAGGAAUUGCAUGGAAACAUCCUCAAGCAUGGGCUUGAUGGAAGGCUCCAUCUGGGAAGUGCGCUUACAGACAUAAUGUUUGAAAGGGACACCAUUUGUUGGAACUCAAUGAUAACAAGCUAUUCCCAGAAUGGCAAGCCAUUUAGGUCUGAUCUGUUUGCUGAGAGUGCACUGAUAGACGUGUAUGCCAAAUGUGGAAACUUAGUUCUUGCUCGCAGUGUGUUUGACAUGAUGGAAGAGAAGAAUGAAGUUUCCUGGAACAGCAUUAUUUCUGCUUAUGGGAGUCACGGUUGCCUUCAGGACUCUCUUGUCCUGUUUCAUGAAAUGUUGGGUAAUGGGAUCCUGCUUGAUCAUGUCACCUUUCUUGAUUCUGGUGUCUGGGGAACAUUGCUUGGAGCUUGUCGGGUCCAUGGCAAUGUUGAGCUCGCUGAAGAGGCAUCAAGACAUCUUUUUGACUUAGAACCCCAAAAUUCUGGGUAUUUCAUACUACUCUCAAAUAUACAUGCUGAUGCUGGAAAAUGGGGGAGUGUGCUUAAGGUUAGAAGUUUGAUGAAGGAAAGAGGAGUUCAGAAGGUUCCUGGGUACAGUUGGAUCGAGGUUAACAACAACACUCAUAUGUAUGUUGCAGCAGAUGGAAGUCACCCACAGUCUGCUCAGAUAUAUUCAAUGCUCAAGAGUCUUCUUCUUGAACUGCGAAAAGAGGGUUAUAAUCCUCAACCCUAUCUUCCUACACAUCCACAAACAUCGGGGAUGUAA